AUGCACAGAUUGGAACCGAGAAACUUUAAGCCGGGGGGGUUAUUUUUCUUUUUUUUUAAUGCCCUGGGCAUACGUACUUUACCCAGUGCAAGCAUUCUAAACGUAAGCACGGCUGGGGGUGGUGGGGUGAGCAGCGUGACCCGCAUGCGGUUAGGAGGCAAGUAA